AUGUCUCUGUCACUCCUCUCCCGGGGAAUUGCUACGGGCGGCUUCGGCGCUCUGAACGGUUACUGGGGUCAAUAUAGCGAUGACCGACUGAGCCAGUAUUGCGACACAGGAAUUGAGUAUGUGACUUUGAGUUUUGUGAACAAGGCACCAGAACACAGCGCAUCCGGUUACCCGGGUACGAAUUUUGCUGGACACUGCUGGGCUGGAACAUACAAGAACAAGGACAAUGUCACCUCGGAGCUGCUCAGCGAAUGUUACUACAUGAAGCAGGAUAUCAACUACUGCAAGUCGAAGGGUGUCAAGGUUCUUCUCGGCAUUGGUGGUGUUUACAACACCGGCGACAGCAACUACGCCGUUUCGACCGAGCAGAAUGGCGAGGAUUUUGCAGAUUUCCUGUACAACGCAUUUGGGCCGUAUAAGAAAUCCUGGGAUGGACCUCGACCUUUCGACGCCAGUACUGACGACCACACUUCUGUUGACGGAUUUGAUUUCGAUAUCGAAGCUACCUUGGACAACAUGCCUUACGUUAGCAUGAUUGAGAAAUUCCGCAGCCUUGACUCCUCUCUGAUGAUCACCGGAGCACCUCAGUGCCCCUCUGCGGCUCCUUAUUUUGAUAUGCAGGAGAUGAUCCAGAAAGCAAAAUUUGACGCGCUCUUUGUCCAGUUCUACAACAAUGAUAACAACUGCAACACCAACGACAAGUUCAACUACGAUGAUUGGAUCAACAUUGUUGACUCUAGCGAUAAGAGUCAGAGCGCUAAGAUCUUCAUUGGUCUUCCUGCGAGUAGCGAUGCGGCUUCUGCGGGUUACAUCGACCCCUCGGCAGUUAAGGAUCUGGUGUGCCGCGUUAAGGAUAAGAAGCAUUUCGGUGGUAUCUCGCUGUGGGAUCUGAUCCGUGGUGCGACAAACGUCGUUGGCGGAAAGACUUUCAACCAGCACGUUCAGGAGGCUCUGCAGUAUGGAUGUGACCCGGUUCCUUCAACUGUGUCAACUACUCCGGCCGCCUCAUCCACCCCAGUUUCAUCCUCGUCUGUCUCGUCGACCCCUACGCCGGUUUCGUCCGCCUCAACAACCUCUGUUCCAGCUUCUUCAACGCCAGUUUCGUCAACAUCAGCUUCGUCGAUCCCUUCAACCCCUUCCGCGCUUGUUUCAACUCCAUCGUCCACUCCGGUCUCAUCCGCAGGAAGCACCACCCCAGGAACCACGGGAGCCUCUACGGGUCAGUCAUCCGCCGUAUCUAGCACGCCGUCAUCGAGUAUUCCUGCUUCAGCGAGCACCCCGGAACCAAGUAGCACUCCUUCGUCGACUGCUGCCGCUGCAUCAGAUGCUGGGGCUUCCGGAACUCCCUCAUCUAGCGCAACCCCUUCUGCCACCGAAACUCCAUCUGCGGUCGCCAGCAGUUCAGUCAAUGAAACUCCCUCAGCUAGCAUCACUCCAUCAUCCACCGUCACCCCUUCGGCUGGUAGCACUUCUUUAUCGAGCGGAACCCCUUCAGACAACAGCACGCCUUCUGCGAGCGUAACCCCCUCGGACAGCAUUACGCCUUCUGCGAGUGUGACUCCUUCAAACAGCGACGUUUCUUCGACCAGUGAAACGCCUUCUGCUAGCAAUACCCCAUCAACUAUCGUUGGUACAUCGGCUGCUCAAACCCCUUCUGCUAACGAAACUCCCAUUGCUAGCGGAACUCCUUCAGCUGCUAGCACACCUUCGGCUGUUAACACUCCUUCAGCAACCGAGACUCCCUCUGCUAGCGAAACCCCCUCAUCUAGUGGAACUCCUCCAGUUGUUAAUACUCCUUCGGUAACCUCGACUCCAUCAGCCAGCGAAACUCCUUCCUUUAGCAACACUCCUUCCGCUAGCGAAACCCCCCUAUCCACCGAAACCCCUUCAGCCAGUGGAACUCCUUCAGCUGUUAGCACUCCUUCAGCAACUGAGACUCCAUCAGCAACCGAGACUCCCUCUGCUAGCGAAACUCCCUCAUCUAGCGGAACUCCUCCAAUUGUCCAUACUCCUUCGGUAACCGAGACUCCAUCAGCAACCGAAACUCCCCUUGCUAGUGGAACUCCUACCGAUGGCGCUUCUUCUGCUGGUGUCACACCGUCGACUAAUGCUACGCCUUCAGACAAUGCCACACCUUCAGCUGAUGCGACCCCUUCAGCUAGCAAUACUCCUUCAGUCAGUGCUGCUACUCCAGCCGAUGGGACUCCUUCAACAACCAUCGCUACCCCUUCAGUCGUUGAAACCCCCUCUGUCAUUGAGACCCCCACUUCCGGCGAAACUCCUUCAGCCAACGCUACCCCUUCGGCUGUUGCGACACCUUCGGCCAGCAACACUCCUUCAGUCAGUGUUGCAACUUCAGCCGGCGAAACUCCAUCAGCUACCAUUACCCCUUCAGCUGAUGAAACCCAUUUUUUCAUCGAAACUCCUACAUCUGACGAAACUCCUUCUGUGAGAGAAACCGGUACCCCCUCAGCUGGGAACUCUCAAUCGACUGGUACUCCUUCAGCUGGCAACACACCCUCGGCUAGUGCUAUUCCUUCAAAUGGUGUUACCCCUUCAGCUACUGCAGGCGCCUCAAGCGGCAGCACCUCUUCAUCGGCCAUCGGAACACUUUCGGCUACAUUUGACCCGGCUCUUUCCACCACAGUUGGCUCAAGCACACCUGGAGCGUCAACUCAAGGUAGCGCAGGGGCCAGCGGUUUUGGCUCUGCUUCAUCAACGCUGUCCUGGUCCAACUCUACCAUGACAACACAAAGCACGGCACCGGUCAGCCAAUCAACGGGGGUUCUCACAUCUGCAGGAUCUUCAUCCGCCAGCGGCACUGCGUUAACUAAUACUCAGGGCGGUGUUGCGCCUACUAACACUCAAGGCGGUGCUUCUUCUACAUUGCUCGGGUCUAGUUCUACAGCUUUAGCUGGAAGCGGUGCUCCUUCUAGUACGAGUACCGGCCUAGCUUCAACCAGUACCGGUGGCGGAUCUAACAACAACGGUGGUCAGAAUGGCAAUGCAGGUUCAACGGCAGCCGGCGCGACUAAGACGGCCGGAGGCUCGGCAACCACCCAGGCCAGUGAUCCUGCUACUACUCAGCCACCCCAAGGCUCGAACGGCUGGACAACGAGCACUGUAUUCGCUACUACAGUCAGAACAAUCACCAGCUGCCCAGUAUACGUUGACUGCCCCAAGGGUGGUUAUGUCACUACUGAGACUAUUGCGCUGUACACUACAGUCUGCCCCAUCACCCAGACGGGAGGCGUACCGCAGACGCAGCCAACUGGCCAACCCAGUGUUUCCUCAUCAAAGCAAUCCGGAGGCAGUGCUCCAGCUCAGACAAGAACUGGUGGCAGCAACGUCCCGCAACCGGCUCAGUCCACUGUCGUCAAUGGCCCUGCCACAAGCAACGCAGCCAAUAAUGGCGGCAAUGCAGGCCAGAGCCGAACCCAGACUCAAGCACAGACCCAAACUCAGACUCAGAGCCAGGGUGCGGCAUCAAGCAGUCAGUCCGCUCCUGCAGUCCUUCCCUCUGUCUCAGGCUUCAAGACAACCGUCGUUCUGCAGCUUACUUCAAGCUCUACAACCGCCACCACCACCACUGCCAGCCAGAAGGUCAGCACCACCGCUGCACCAGCCAAGGCGGGUGCUUCCAAUGUGGCUGUCGGGCUCGGAGGAAUCGUGCUGGUCAUGUGUCUUCAGUUGCUCGCCCUGUAA